CAAUCCCCAAACCUGAAAGAUGUCCAAAAUUCCUAGAAAUUUCAAGCUUCUUGAAGAGUUGGAGAAAGGGGAGAAGGGCCUUGGAGCCCAAUCUAUAUCGUAUGGGUUGACCAGCCAGGACGAUAUCACCAUGACAAACUGGAACGGCACCAUUCUCGGCCCACCCCACUCGACUCAUGAGAAUAGAAUAUACUCCUUGAGUAUUGUUUGUGGUAAAGACUACCCCGAAAAGCCGCCCACCGUGACUUUUGUGUCCAAAAUAAACCUUCAAUGCGUGGACUCAAAGGGAAACGUUGUGGUGAGUGAGUUUGACACAUUGAAAAACUGGAAGAGAUCCAAUACCAUGGAGAUAAUUCUUUUGGAGUUGAGGAAAACCAUGGCAUCUGCAUCCAACAAGAAGUUGUCACAACCACCUGAGGGUUCUUGUUACUAAAUACCUAAUCUUCUUCUUAUAUACCUCCAAUGAUCUGAUAGUCAUGUACUCUGAUAGCUUGAUAGACACCAGCUUCAUUUGUUUAUGUCCCUCGAUGGGUCAUGUUGUCAGUUUCUUUUAUAAUCAAUUUCAUCAAUAUACUGGUACAUCUCUUCAUUUUUCGUACUGGGAUAGCCCCCUGAUGUGUCAAGCUACCACAGUCGGACACGUCAGAAAAUAUAACAUCAAGCUAGCUUUCUUCCUCCAUCUGUGACUCGAGCCAUUUCGCUAGGUCUACUUCUGCUUUUAAAAAUCUCUGUAUCUCAUCGGUGUGUUUUGACCUUAUGCCAUCGUUUGUCUCCAGGUCAGUGACUUCUAUGUUAAUCCACCGUUCGCCUCUUUGCUUCUUUC